AUGCACAGAAGGCCAUCAGAACCGCUGGGGCGCAGAUCAUUUCAUAACGAGCUUGAGAAUGAUAGCUCUCGUCAAAAUGACUGGGAUAGCCCAUCCGGCCCAGUUCAACAAUCGUUGAACUACGGUGAUCCACCGCCGGAGGCUCCUCUUGGGGCGCAGGCCUCAAACAGAUUGAGAAGCUCUUUUGCAGGUGGCCUUUUCCGCUCGGCAGGGCGAUUGUCAGUGCAGUCGAGCCCCGAACGACUCAACAGGAUUGGAGCGGUUCCACCUUCCACAGCUCCGCCUAGUUCUCCGAACCAGUCGAUAUCUAAUCCAGACAUCCAAGACGAAGGCCAGCGACUCUCGAAAUGUCGGUCCUCUGUGGAAAGGGCGAGGACCGUGAGUCGACCAGUGGAUCCAUCCCUCGUCCAGGUGGACAGGAAUCGCCACCCCACCGACAACAGCUCAGUUCGCUCAGGGUUGAGCAGCACUCAUCAUGCACCCCGAGAGCCUCGUGCCAUGCGCCGAGGAGAACCGAGAACAAAUGUGUCAGGGCCAGCCUACCGCUCACCAGGAAUCAACCCUUUCGGCAGAGACCCGGGAGCAGCCAACCGUUCCAUUACCAAGCGCACGUCGACGGAGUAUGUGAGCCCAGCCGCCGUGCGCCCAACCGUGGAACCUCCAAUUGCCGAACCUCUUAAGAUGGAGGUGACGGAGCAGGGCAUCAGCUCGAUACCUGAGAGGUCCGCCGACAAUUCGGACACGGCCAGGAGCAUGGAUGAGCGAUCUACGGGCGAGGUUUCUCGGUCAUCGUCCGCCUCCAACUACCGUUAUGCUAGUGAUAUUUUCGGCGAGUUAUAUUCCAGGAACGCAACGGAAUCCGGCGUUGACGGGCCGACAACCAGUAAGCCUGCGACAAAGAAGACCCGACUGGUGUGCACUGCAUGUGGCAGCAACAAACACUCAACAGGAGAAUGCCACAUUCCUUCUGUGGACGGAACCACAAUCAUCUGCCCAUUCCACGAUGUUUCCGUCCUGAGCAAGCCCAAUCCCGGUCACGCUCUUGAUGGAGAGCGCAGGAGUCCCCCAAACAACUCCAAGAUUCUACUUUACUGCACGCAGAUGAUGGAAUUUGAGGACAUUGGUCCCAGACGAAACUACGCAGACUUCAAGGAAUGUCUGAAACGGGCGUUUGACACAUUUGUUGUUCGCCGUAAACGGAAGCCGUUCUGCCGCGUGGUCAAGAGUAUACAUUGCCCAAUCCGCCUCACCAUCAAGUAUUCCGAGGUUUUUUGUCGGGGCGAGACUCCACCACAGCUUAGAGAUGGCUGGCCAUAUACCAAGCGGGACGCAACCAAUCCUGAGAUUGUGGGCAGGCUGAGAGGAUGCGGAGAGCAUGACUGGACCAAGAUGCCCCAGGGCGAGCUCGAGAAAAUGACAUGGGCGCAGAUCAAGAAGAAUUAUGGCACCGAGGUACUUCCGCCUCAGCUUCAUGUAGCAUCCAAGCCCAAGGGAUGCAAGACUGCAGCCAACGCCGCGUGGUCAAAUCCUGGGGACCGGAACAGGGCUUCUUGA